AUUCAAAACUAUGGAAUAUUUUAGAGUUCAACUAAUGGUUUAUUUAGGAUUUAUUGCCAUUUCAUUAGUUUUUGUUAGUUUUGAAGUCGAUGCAAAACUAAAUUUAAGGCAUAAGCUGUUAAGACAGUCACCCACUAAGAACGAAAGUCUAGUCUAUCAACAGGAAACUAAAAAUAACGUCUUUAAAUCUAUGAAAAUAUUGUUCUACAAAAAUAAUACAAAAACUUUAGAGUCAAGCGCUUCUAUUGAUGCAAAUAUAGUUGCCAAUUCUGGUUGCUCCCCAUCUGAAAAGUUUGCCAUUGUUUUGCAUGGAUGGAUUCAAAGCUGUAAUGAUGAUUGGUCUCUUGCCCUUAUUGACCGUCUCAGCUAUUAUAGAGGAGGUUGUGUUAUUUGCAUUGACUACAGUGUCAUUGCCAGCUCAUCUUAUAUGAGAUUGUAUAGCAACUUUGAGCGCAUUACUACAUCAAUUGUGUCGAUUAUCCUUUCCCUCAUCAAGUACGGCUUUGAUCCUGGACAAGCCUAUAUGUUUGGCUUUAGUUUUGGUGGACAAUUGGCAUCCGCUGUGGGACGCUCGUUGAGACCGCAAUACGUGCUUCAAAAUAUAGAUACAUGUGAUAUGGCUGGACCAGGAUUUGAUCCAAUUACUAUAGAUCAUUCAAAAGCUGGCAAGCAUGUUCAAUGUUUUCAUUCGAGCCGCGAUAAAGGAACAUUCAUACACGCUUGUCACAGAAAUAUAAUGCUAGGCAAUUGCGGACUUAGUCAACCAUCAGUGGCAAGUCAACUUCAUCUUGGCAGUCAUGGUCUUUGUGUUGAUAUCUACAUUAACUCUUUUGAUUAUCCCUUCUAUGCUGUGCAACCUCCUGCUGAAUGCACUUAUUUUGGAACUGCAGCGAAAAUUCCAUCAAAUUACACGGUGGGCUAUGAUGAAAACUUCAACAACCAAGUACUUGGAAAAAUAUUUGUGCCAACUAGCAUACACUAUCCCUAUAAUCUAUCUAAAAAAGAGGUGGCAUUAAUGUCAAGAGAUAAACAAUAAAACCUUAAAUAAGUUACUUGGAGGAGCUGUGCGAAUUAAAUG